AUGCCCCAGAAUAAAAACUUACGAAUUUUGUCCAAGCAGGAGCGGAUGCCUAAAGUUUCCCUAGAGAAUGUGAAAGAAUACGUACAACUGAAAGGAUUAGAACACGAUAAAAGUGCAUUGGAGCUAAGAAUGCAUAAGCUCGAUGGGCUGUUGGAGAAAUUCAUCAAUGUACGAACCCAAAUUGAAAUUCUAUUGGAGGAUACGGACAACGUAGAUGCAUUCACGGAUUCAGAAGAGACUGAAGAAGCGCGGUUACAACGACAGCUAUCUUUGCAAACCCGACAAGAUCAUGAAAACGACAAGAUUAUUGAAGAGUUUGAGAACGAAGUAUAUCGCCUGAAGCAGCUUAUGACUUACCUGCCUAGUUCUUCAGGAAGCCAUACUGUGCAGGGUCCAAUAAUUCCUGCUGCAGCUGCGCAAUCCAAAGAAAAAUCACCUGAGCUGAAGCUUCCAUGUUUCAGUGGUAGAAUGGCUGACUGGGUUACAUUUCGUGACACCCAUAAAAAUCUUAUUCACAAUGAUGAUAGGUUGUCUAACAUGGACAAGAUCACGUAUCUACGCACUUCGCUGACCGGAGAGGCUUUGCAGGAGAUCGCAACAAUAGAAAUGUCUGCAGUUAACUAUCAAAUAGCGUGGGAAGCGUUAGAAAAUCUGUACGAAAAUAAGAAAAUGUUGGUAAUGACGCAUUUAGAAUCGCUUUUUGCACAAGAAGUAAUGCCUCAAGAAAGUUUUGAGUCCCUUAAUAAAUUGGUCAGCGGUUUCGAGAAAAAUCUCCAAAUGUUAAGCAAAAUCGGAGAACGUUCAGAUGGAUGGAGUACUCUUCUCCAAUAUAUGCUUUGUAAACGGCUUCAUCCAUCAACCCUUAGACAGUGGGAAUAA